AUGGAGGGUCAGAACAAUAGGCUUGGGCAUAAUCUUGGGGUUGGAUCAACAGAGCAGAAAGCUGGGCCUAUAGGUGAGUCAGAGGAGAGUGACGCUCCUAAUGAGGAUGAUGGGCUUAAUAACUGCAGUUCAGUCCCAACUAAUGUGGAGAUGGAUAGCGAUUAUGAUAAACCAUAUGAGUAUGAGAGUAAGACUUUCAAUAGUCCAAUUUCUUUUGAGGAUGAAGGGAGGACAGCUUAUGACUCAUUUAGUGAGGAUACUAAGUAUGGAGAAGUUGUAUUUAAGAUUGAACAUAUGUUUUCAACAAUGAAUUUGUGUUUUCAAGUAAAGACCCUAAUAGAUGAACAUACAUGUGCUAGAGAUUAUGGUAGCAACAUGGUUGAUAGGGGUUGGGUUGCAUCUAAGUUGAUUAAAAAAUUACUCAUCUAUCCUGACAUGAAACCAAGACAGGCAAUGGACCACAUGAUAGAGGAUUAUAAUGUCCAUCUUAAUCCAAGGAUGAUUGCCAAGAAAUUGAAAGUUGCUAGACAUGUGUUUAUGGAUAAUGCACGGGCACAAUAUAGCAAAGUCAGAAAUUAUUUGUCGGAACUGCAUAGGAGUAACCCCAAAUCUACGAUACUAAUGGACACAAUUCCACAGCCUGAGUCCUUACCAUUGUUUGAUAGAUUAUAUAUUAGUUUAGACGUUUGCAAGAGAGGUUUUAAGCAGGGUUGUGGGCCUCUAAUUGGUCAAGAUGGUUGUUUCCUGAAGGGAUAUUAUGGAGGUCAUCUCCUUAGUGCAGUAGGAAAAGAUGCCAAUAACUACUUUUUUGUCAUAGCAUAUGUCGUUGUCUUGAAUGAGUGUAAGGAGACAUGGAACUGGUUCUCAACUUUCCUGCAAGAGGAUUUGGGAGACGUAACUCAACAUGGAUGGAAUUUCAUAAGUGAUCAGCAAAAGGGGCUGAAACUAGCUAUCAAAUAUAUAAUGCCCAAUGUCCACCGCAGAAACUGUGUGCUUCAUAUUUGGAAGAAUUUUAAGAAGUACUUUAAGGAUCAACAGGCCAAACAAAUGGUGUGGGAAUGUGCAAGGUGUACAACUUUUCAAGAGUUCAAUCAGUCGAUGGAGAAAAUAAACCAUGGACCCAAGGUUGAUAAUAUAACCAAUAAUAUAUGUGAGGUGUGGAACGCCAAGAUCGUAGAGUAUAGAGGAAAACCAAUCCUUACAAUGUGUGAAGAUCUACGAUGCUACUUGAUGAGAAAAAUGGCCACACAUAAGAAGAAACUAGAGACUCAUCCUGGACAUUUGGCACUGGUACAACAGAAGAAAUUGGAUGAUAUUAUCAAGCCUAGCACUAACAAGUGGAGAGAAAUAUGGGCCGGAGACAGUGAUAGAGUGUUGCUUGAAGUACAUAGAGGAGGUAGCAAGGUUGGAGUCAACCUUGUCCAACGGACCUACACUUGCAAUGUUUGGCAACUCACUAUCUUGUACAAGAUUGGUCUCAGGCCAGAGGAGCAUGUGCAUAAGUGGCUUACCAUAGACUCUAUUAGGGCAACAUACAUUCACUUCAUCAAGUCUGUUAAUAGUGAGGAGUACUGGAUCCCUUGUGAUGCUCCAAGAACAAAACCUCCCAUCAUUAAGAGACCAGCUCAUCGCCCAAAAUGA